GGCAUACCUCUGAAAGGGGCGGGGUUUGUGUGGUAGCGGGCGGGUAACUCGAGCCCCAUCACAACCGGAGCUGCCAGCAAAGCCCGAGUCCACGUUCAUUGACAUCAGCAGCCAUGGCGACGGUAGCUUUGUGUGCUCUCACCGGCGGGAAGGUGAGUUUUAACUGCAAUGUUUUCUCCAAGAGAUUAUGUCUUCAGGGUUCACUUUUCAAGUCAUGUAGGCUUGUUAGCACUAUGUUUAAGGCAUCAGAUAUGCAGAUAGAGCUGAGCAAACAGCCAAAGGAAAAACCUGAUGCCACUAAAUUAGUUUUUGGAAAGUCUUUUUCAGACCACAUGCUAACGAUACAAUGGAGCUUGGAAAAAGGCUGGGAGAAGCCACAGAUCAAGCCUUUUCAGAACUUGAGCAUACACCCAGCUUGCUCUGCUUUGCACUAUUCAGUAGAGCUCUUUGAAGGAUUAAAGGCAUACAGAUGUGUUGAUAAAAAAAUCCGGAUGUUUCGGCCGAUGUUAAACAUGGAGAGGUUUCACAGAGGUGCACUUCGUGCCUGUCUACCUUCCUUUGAUACAGCAGAGCUCUUGGCAUGCAUCCAAAAGCUAAUUGAAGUUGAUCAGGAAUGGGUGCCGCACUCCACAACUGCCAGCCUAUAUAUUCGACCAACUUUCAUUGGAAUGGAGCCAUCCCUGGGAGUGACACGAUCCAAUUACGCUAUGAUUUUUGUUAUAAUUGGACCAGUAGGCCCAUAUUUUGCCACAGGCAGCUUCAACCCCGUGUCCCUGCUAGCUGAUCCCAGGUUUGUGCGAUCCUGGAAGGGAGGUGUAGGAGACAACAAGAUGGGAGGUAACUAUGGCCCUACAAUAUAUGUCCAGAAUGAAGCAGCCAGAGAUGGCUGCCAACAGGUUCUGUGGCUGUAUGGGGAUAACCAUGAAGUGACAGAGGUGGGCACCAUGAACUUAUUCGUCUUCUGGAAGGAUAAAAAUGGAGAAGAAGAGCUGGUCACUCCUCCCUUGGAUGGCCUUAUUCUGCCAGGAGUUACUAGACACAGCCUGUUGGACCUAGCAAGAAAAUGGGGUGAGUUCAAAGUAUCUGAGCGCAAAAUCACAAUGGGAGAAUUGAUGACUGCACUGAAAGAGAAUCAGAUCUUGGAGGUGUUUGGAUCUGGUACUGCCUGUGUCGUCUGUCCAGUCAGCAGAAUUCUGUACCAUGGUCAGAACCAUCACAUUCCAACUAUGGAAAAUGGACCAAAACUGGCCAAGAGGUUUUUGAAGGAACUUACAGAUAUCCAGUAUGGCAGAACACCCAGUGACUGGAUGCACCUUGUUGUGUGACACCGCUGGACUUCUUGUCACCACUGGAUGUACUGGGUUAAUCUGUUUUCGAUCUCAAGGCUGUAUUUCUGACUCUUCACCAUGAUAUAUAUAUAUAAAAAUGAUCAAAGCACAUUAGGACCAUAAGACUGCUGGAUCCCAUGGACUGUACAUAGUUUCACAUCUUUGAAGCCUCCACAACAAUCCAGAAACAAGGAAGUAAACCUGCAAGAUGUGUUCUGCCUGUUGGCUGUCUAUUGUAUGGAAUGCUGGGGGUUUCCAGAUCGGGUGUAUUUCAGUGCACUGUAGUUAUAGUAAUGUAGUGGUAUGUCUGUUUACUCAGAAUGCUGGGUAGCAUACCCUGUAUAGUCUGCUGUUUUGCUCUUUCAGUUUGUUCUAACAUCACCACCAGAUUUAUGCAAAGAGGAUACUUGCUGUGUUAUUUAGUGUGGUGGUGAAGAUGUUGACCUGGAGAUCUAAGUUUGAAUUCCAUCAAUUUCUGUUUCCACAAUGUUUGACCCUGAGGAAUUUUUUAAAAAUGUCAUUCUACUCCCAGAUUUCUGUAAAAGAAAUUUUAUUUUGUCAGUGAAAUUGCCUGAUUACCAGAAUGCAAAAUAUUAGAGACAUAUUGUCUAUUCCCUACAUUGAGGUAACUCCUGCUGCAGUAGUUGGUUACUGAUCCCUACCUUUCAGUCCCCCAUUUGAUUUUCUGUUUUGCACACUGUAAUGCCUACUUGUAAACCUCUUUACAAAGAUGAUGUUUGAGCAUUUGAAUAUCAUUCUUCCUAGGUCAAUGCUUUUUUUCUGAAAUGCUCUGUCCUGACCAUACAUAUAAUGGAAAAGCUAGAACAGAUGAAUGUUUCUGCAUUUUCCUGACUGAGGCUCUCCUUAUAGGUUCUUGGGUGAUUACUGGGCAGUUGUCCCCAAAGGGCCUUUUUAAGCCUAGCCAUGCUUCUCAAAUGUAUCUGGCAUAUUUUUUACCCUAUUGUUACUUUAAAGGGUAUAUGUAGGUUUGGGCGUGGACGGUCAAGCAUUUAUAGGCUUCCUUUGUCUACUAGCGGCAUACAUGCCAGACCAGACAUAAUAGGCAUAUUUUUCCCAACUAUCUUCUUUGUGUCUAGAGUUUAUCCCUUCUGAGUAAGGUAAACACACCCUCAGCAGCUUGAACCAUUUCUUGGACUUGCCUUACAGUGUUCUAGAAACUAGUGAAAAUGAUGUCACCCACCGAGCCGGGCUGGCAUAUUGACCUUGCUUCAGUGCGUCUGCACUCAUUGGCUGAUAUACUGAUGUCAUUGUUGUCCUAGCCAAUCAGGCCAACUGUAUUUUAAUUAAUACUGGUAACUUGACAUUUCUGAUGGUACCACUGGUGAAGAUAUGACUGAAAGAAAACAAAACCAGGAAGAACCUACAAAUUUCUUCAUCCGCAGGUUACUGUAGAUGGCAUUUUCCUGCACAUCACCAGUAAUGGUGACUUCUACCACAGAUCUGUAUUAUAGUUGUUCUGUAAUGCUGCAUUUUCAAGACUCCUUCCCCUUUUUUAAUAAUACUGCAGGUCUGGACACUACAACACUGGAGCUGUCUUAUAAUUUUGAAUAUUUUAAUAACUUAGAACCUUCUGGCAUGUCUUGAACGACCAUGCAGCCUGUUGCUGGCUCUUCCACAUAGUACCACCACCUAACGUAAAUCUGGACAUAUCAGUGUGUCUUUUAGCCCUAACUCUGAGUGGUUAAACUGGAAAUGAUUGGUUCAUCUUUACAUUAUUAUAGUGGUGAAACGGCAAAGAACAUGCAAGUACUGGAGAUGGACUCUGGGCUCUUCCUGCCUAGCUCAAAGCAUGCUUUUUAGCAAGUAAUAGUAUAUGCUUUUUAUUUAUUGUGCCUCGACAGAAAUACAGCAUUUAGUUUUUAAAUCAA